AAACUUGUACAUGUACAAUGCACAAAAGCACUUGGUCGAAGCUGAUGGGUGUUCAAACGCCCCGACACAAAAUUGACUUGCGCGACAAUGUAACCGCUUCAAUACUGGACACUCUCGACCACUGCCUUGCUCUAGCUAGCUUUUGAUAGCAAGCUUCUCGAUGAAGCGUGCGACUAAUGAAGGACCAUCUCAGCUCAUCAAGCGCGCCAAGCCUUCACAUACAUCGCUGCAGAAAGCCAACAAGAAUGGAUCCAUCACCAGGACAUCCGACUUAAAGGCGCCCAUCAUGCUGCUUUCAGGUCAUGAAGGCUUUGUAUACGCCUGCAAGUUCAGUCCAGAUGGUCAGCAUCUAGCGUCAGGCUCAUUCGACCGCAGCAUACUUCUUUGGCACUCGUUCGGCGACUGCGAUAAUCACAGCAUACUCAGCGGCUCAAAGAAUGCGGUUCUUGAUUUGGCAUGGUCAGGGGAUGGACGUUCCAUUUACUCUGCCUCUUCAGAUCAUGAUGUCUCUACUUGGGAUGUUCACUCGGGGACGCGGUUGAAACGACACACAGGCCACACAGAUGUCGUUAAUGCGAUUGACGCGCAUAGACGUGGCACAGAGUUGCUUUGCUCAGGCUCUGAUGAUACUACAAUAGGACUGUGGGACCCUCGAGUCAAGGGCGCGGUGGAUCAUUACGAAUCAGGCUACUCCGUCACAAGUGUUGCCUUUGACAGCACAGGCUCGCAAAUAUUCAGCGGUGGCAUAGACGAAAAGAUCAAAGUAUGGGACAUCAGAAAGCGAGCAGUUGUAUACGAAAUGACCGGUCAUGGAGACACCAUCACAAGCUUGGCACUCUCGCCUGAUGGACACUCACUGCUUUCAAAUUCUAUGGAUAGCACCAUGAAAACUUGGAAUGUCCAGCCGUUUGCACCCGAGAACCGCUUAGUUGCAACAUUCUCAGGUGUGGCUCAUGGGGGAGAGCAGAAUCUCAUCAAAGCUUGUUGGAACAAGGAUGGGUCCCGUGUUGCCUCCGGCUCAGCAGAUAGAACUGUCUUGGUCUGGGAGACGCGCCGGAAUUCCCUCAUCUACAAGUUGCCCGGGCACAAAGGCACGGUCAAUUGUGUGGACUUUCACCCUGAACAGCCAAUAUUGGCAUCCGGGUCAACGGACAAGACGCUCUUCCUGGGCGAACUUGCUAUAUGAAUGCAGCACUCUUGGGUUUUUACGGAACCUUCAGCUGAGGCAUCGGUACGUCAGUCCGUCUCACAUCAGAGUGAAGCAUUGGGUAAGUCUGAGACUACGCUCAACACUCAGGCAAACUACUGCUGACCAUGACAACUACGCCCAGAACAAGACAACCACAGGACAGCCUGAGGUGUUUGGCCAUAGAGGGCCAUCGGCGUGCCUAUCAAUGUGCCCCAUAGUUGCAUAAAUGCAUGUGUCACCUCGUCCUCCUUUGCCAGCCGCUUCCUAAACAGUCGUUGGCCCUUGUACAAGAUCGCUUUCAUCGCGAAGCAUGCUUGUACUUGUUGCAGGGCAUUUCAGUCAUUUCAGUCUGCGUGCACACGUACGAAAAUUAUACAGCGGA